GGAGGGAGCAUUGGGAGGGAGGAAGGAAGUGAGUGAGGAGGGAAGACGGAGCAAUCGAGCGGAGCGGCUGAAGCAGGCGGACGAGCCUGGGCCAUCAUCAUCACUCAACUCGUCUUGACUACCCGGGCUAACUUUAGCUACAUGUGCUGAGGUCGAGGGGGGAACUGAUCUCAACUGCAACAAUGCCGACAGUUACUUUACCGCCGAAAGAGAACGCUCUCUUCAAAAGGAUUUUGCGAUGUUACGAACACAAGCAGUACAGAAAUGGGCUGAAGUUCUGCAAACAAAUUCUAUCCAACCCCAAGUUUGCAGAGCAUGGAGAGACCCUGGCGAUGAAGGGACUGACCCUGAACUGUCUGGGGAAGAAGGAGGAGGCCUACGACUUGGUGAGAAGAGGCCUGCGCAACGACCUCAGGAGCCACGUCUGCUGGCACGUAUACGGCCUACUGCAGCGCUCGGAUAAGAAGUACGACGAGGCCAUCAAGUGUUACCGCAACGCUCUGAAGUGGGACAAGGACAACCUGCAGAUCCUCCGAGACCUGUCCCUGCUGCAGAUCCAGAUGAGAGACCUGGAGGGCUACAGGGAGACACGAUACCAGCUGUUGCAGCUGCGGCCAGCACAGCGGGCCUCCUGGAUUGGCUACGCCAUCGCCUAUCAUCUCCUGGAAGACUACGAGAUGGCUGCAAAGAUCGUUGAGGAGUUCAGGAAAACGCAACAGACGUCUCCAGACAAAGUGGACUAUGAAUACAGCGAGCUACUGCUGUACCAGAACCAGGUGCUGAGGGAAGCAGGCCUGUACAAGGAGGCCCUGGAGCAUCUGUCCAACUAUGAGAAACAGAUCUGUGACAAACUGGCUGUGGAGGAGACACGAGGAGAGGUACUGUUGAAGUUGGAGCGUCUGGAUGAGGCAACCGAAGUCUACCGCCGUCUGCAAGAGAGGAACCCCGAGAACUGGGCCUAUUACCGUGGCUUGGAAAAUGCCCUAAAGCCAAGCUGUGUAGAAGAGAGACAGAAGAUCUAUGAAGACGCCUGGGAGAAGUUUCCCAAAGGACUGGUUCCUCGCCGGCUGCCCCUCAACUUCCUCUCUGGUGAGAAGUUCAGAGAGUGUCUGGACAGGUAUCUGCGGUUGAACUUCAGUAAAGGCUGUCCGCCCGUCUUCACCACCCUCAAAUCACUGUACAACAACAAAGAAAAGGUGGCAAUAAUAGAGGAGUUGGUGGUCGGCUAUGAAACCACAUUAAAAAGCUGUAGAAUGUUCAACCAGAACGAUGACGGUAAGGAGGAACCACCGACCACGUUGCUCUGGGUGCAGUACUUCCUGGCACAGCACUACAACAUAAUUGGCCAACAGACACUGGCUCUAGAAUACAUAAAUGCAGCCAUUGAGAGCACGCCUACACUCAUCGAACUCUUCCUUAUCAAGGCCAAGAUUUACAAGCAUGCUGGGAACAUCAAAGAGGCUGCUCAGUGGAUGGAUGAGGCCCAGGCUCUGGACACCGCUGACAGAUUCAUCAACUCCAAGUGUGCCAAGUACAUGCUGAAGGCUGGCAUGGUCAAAGAGGCCGAGGAAAUGUGCUCCAAGUUCACACGGGAGGGAGCCUCGGCAGUGGAGAACCUCAACGAGAUGCAGUGUAUGUGGUUCCAGACGGAGUGUGCACUCGCCUACAAGUCCAUGAACAAGUUUGGGGAGGCCCUCAAGAAGUGCCACGAGAUUGAAAGGCAUUUUGUGGAGAUAACAGACGACCAGUUUGAUUUCCACACCUACUGCAUGAGGAAGAUGACGCUACGCUCCUACGUGGACCUUCUGAAGCUGGAGGACGUGCUCCGGAUGCAUCCCUUCUACUACAAGGCUGCCAUCUGCGCCAUCCAGAUCUACCUGAGCCUCCACGACAAUCCCCUGACUGACGACAGCAAGGAGCUGCAGGCCGAAUCUGCUAACCUCUCGGACAAAGAGCUGAAGAAGCUGAGAAACAAGCAGCGGAGAGCCCAGAAAAAGGCCCAGCUGGAGGAGGAGAAGAAAAACGCAGAGAAGGAGAAGCAGCUCAAGAACCAGAAGAAGAAGAAGGAGGAUGAUGACGAGGAGAUCGGAGGGCCCAAGGAGGAGCUAAUACCUGACAAGCUGGUCAAGGUAGAAAAUCCACUGGAAGAAGCUGUUAAGUUCCUGAUGCCUCUCAAACACUUGGUCAAGGACAAAAUAGACACACAACUGCUGGCCUUUGAGAUCUACUUCAGGAAAGAAAAAUACUUGUUGAUGCUCCAAUCGGUGAAGAGAGCGUUGGCCAUUGACCCAGACCACCCAUGGUUGCACCAGUGUCUAGUACGCUUCUUUAAAGGAGUCUCUGAGAGCAAGGAGCUGCUGGAGGUAGUCCGGACGGUGCUGAAGCAGGAGAUCACCCGGCUCUUUGGAGACAGCAACGCCAUGAGCUUCAACCAGGCCUACCUCAACAAGCACUCCAACUCCAUACCACACCGACUGGCUGCUGCUAAGAUGAUGGUGUAUCUGGACUCGUCGACAGAAAUGAAGGCUAUAGAGCUGGCCACUGCACUAGAUGAGUCCCUCGACAACCGAAGCAUACAGAUCUGCACGAAGGUCCUGGAGUGUCUUCGGGGCGCCGCGCUGGGCGACUGUAAGGAGCGUGCGGAGUCGUACCGCGCAGAGUGUCGCAAGCUUUACCCCUACACAUUAGCUUUCACGCCUCCCGGAUACGAGGAGAACACAAAGGUCGCCAAUGGAGACGUUUCCACGGAAACGGAGGAGCUAGCCAAUGAUAUGUGAGCGCAGCAGAACAGUGGAUGAGAAAAGGAAUUGGGCCGAGCACGGAGCCUUGUGGUACGCCUGGCAGCCAUUUUGUAGAGCCAGACGUGGGAGGCAAAAAAAGGGGUUUGUUCUUUGGCUCAGCUUAAUCGGGUCUGUCCUGGCUUGGCUUGGCUCUCUCCCACAUGGUGAAAAUCAGGACUGUGUGCGUGUGUGUGUGUGUGUGUGUGUUGAGAGCAUGUGUGCGGUUGUGUAUA